AUGCUUCUUCAAGCUCCAUUUGACAUAGCAAUUAAAAUUAUUGAUCUUCUUUCGCCAAAAGACUUGGUUGCUUUAUCGCAAACCUGUAAAGCAUAUUAUGCAAUCGUUCAAAAGUAUGGCUGGAAACAUUACUAUAAAGAACAAAAAUGGAAUCUCCUCACAAAGGAUGAAAAAAAUGAGCAACAAGACUGGCAAGCUAAAGUCGCAUUUGGCGUGACCACUCAUAAAAAUUGGGCACGAAAAGAGUUUUCCACGACUAUCAUCUCAAGUCAACGUCAAUCGUACUUGCCAACUCUAAGAUUUGACCAUGAAAAACUUGUGUGUAGCGUUGGCAGCACGCUUGAUAUCUUUGACUUUACGUCGAGUAACAGCAGAAAGAAGAAGAAUGGUCAACCACAAAAGAUCAAUAAACUGAAAUCGUUUACCGCUCAUCAGCUUGAUAUAACAGACAUUGCUUUGUGUUCUGAUUAUAACGAGUUGUUUACUUGUUCAAUGGAUCAUACCAUUAAACGCUGGUUCUUGGAUCAAUCAAUCAUUUCUCAGAUUCCCCUCGCGCAAGCUUAUUAUGGCCAUAAUGCGCCUGUUCAUUCGAUAUUUCAGUUUCCUUAUGAUUCAAGCACAUUAUUUUCAGUGAGCUUCGAUGGGAAAUUGUGUGUAUGGGAUACUGAUACUGCAGAGAUCUGUUAUAGUACUCAAAUCCCUGGAAUACCAAGAGCUAUGCGUGGUUUACCUAAUAAUUUGAUCGGAGUUGGAAACAAAAGCACUGAACAUUUGACUCUGUAUAAAGUGACUCCAAGUGAAUUAGUACGUGUUACUAGUGUAAAAGGACACAAGAGUACAGUAUAUGCUCUAAAGUCGACGGAUCUUUUUCCCCAUACUUUUCUCUCUGGCUGUUAUGAUAGUAUUUCACGUCUCUAUGAUCUUCGAAACAAUUCAUGCGUUGCUUCGUUUAAAGAUCCUUUUGACACUAAUCCAG